UUCUUCAUUUCCUACAUCCCAUUACGUCAUCAUGGUUCAUCUCGCCCAAAUCAAGCGCGAUAGCGAUAUCGAGCAGUCCGUCAAGCGGGUCAACUCGAUCAAGCUCGAUAGCGCUGAGGAGGAUGACUUCUCUACCAGUGUCUAUGGUUCUCGCUUCGCGACGGAGCAGUUGCCCCAGCACGAGAUGCCGGAGCGCGAGAUGCCCAGGGAGGUUGCCUACCGCAUGAUUAAGGAUGAGUUGAGCUUGGAUGGUAACCCUAUGCUCAACUUGGCGAGCUUUGUGACCACCUACAUGGAAGACGAAGCUGAGAAGCUCAUGGCCGAAUCCUUCAGCAAGAACUUCAUUGACUAUGAAGAAUACCCUCAGUCCGCAGAGAUCCAGAACCGCUGUGUGAACAUGAUUGCCCGUUUGUUCAACGCUCCCACUGACAGUGAUGAUGAGCACCCCAUGGGUACCUCGACCAUCGGUUCGUCCGAGGCUAUCAUGCUGGGUACCCUGGCUAUGAAGCGCCGGUGGCAGAACAAGCGCAAGGCCGAGGGUAAGGAUUGGUCGCGUCCCAACAUUGUUAUGAACAGCGCCGUCCAGGUCUGCUGGGAGAAGGCUGCUCGCUACUUCGACGUGGAGGAACGGUACGUCUACUGCACGGAGGAUCGCUAUGUGAUUGAUCCGAAGGAGGCAGUCGACCUGGUGGACGAGAACACCAUCGGUAUUUGUGCCAUUCUGGGUACUACCUACACCGGCGAGUACGAAGAUGUGAAGGCCAUCAACGACCUGCUGGUGGAGCGUGGUAUUGACUGCCCCAUCCACGUGGACGCGGCCAGCGGUGGCUUCGUGGCGCCCUUCAUCCACCCCACCCUCAAGUGGGAUUUCCGCCUGGAGAAGGUCGUGUCGAUCAACGUGUCCGGCCACAAGUACGGCUUGGUGUACCCUGGUGUUGGCUGGGUGGUCUGGCGCUCGCCCGAGUACCUGCCUAAGGAGCUGAUCUUCAACAUCAACUACCUUGGUGCGGAGCAGGCCAGUUUCACGCUCAACUUCUCCAAGGGAGCGUCGCAGGUGAUCGGACAGUACUACCAGAUGAUCCGACUUGGUAAGCGGGGCUACCGGUCGAUCAUGGUGAAUAUCACCAAGAUUGCCGACUACCUGGCCAGCGAGUUGGAGAAGAUGGGCUUCAUCAUCAUGAGCCAGCGCGGCGGCAAGGGCCUGCCGCUGGUGGCUUUCCGUCUGCGGCCGGACCGCGACGAGGUGUUCGACGAGUUUGCGGUGGCGCACCAGUUGCGUGAGCGUGGCUGGAUUGUGCCGGCGUACACGAUGGCCCCCAACAGCAACUCUCUGAAGCUGAUGCGGGUGGUGGUGCGCGAGGAUUUCAGCAUGAACCGGUGUGACGCGCUGUUGGCGGACAUCAAGCUGGCUAUAAGCACCUUGAGCGAGAUGGACAAGACCAUGUUGGAGCGCUACACUAAACACGUGCGCCAACAUGCCACCCACUCGCACAAGGCCAAGCACACCCACCACCACUACAAGAACGAAACCCACUCGUUGCAGGGCAAGACGGGUAAGACUCACGGUGUGUGCUAGAUGAUGCACAUCGCAUAUGUUGUAAAUACUGGUUUGAUAAUUGUUUGAAUAAUGAGACUAGCAUAUGAAGACCCUUUAAUUCAUCCUUUGGGGCUGAC